UUGAGGGCUGUCAUGUAAACACUGGUAAAAUGUGUUCUCUGGAUGACCGGUUUUUCAUCCUUGAAUCAGACGAUCUUGUGGACGAUAAAGCAACUUCACGACUCCUACUUUGAAGCGUUGUGAUAUGCCUAUUUUCUGAGGAGCUAUUCCGUUUCACCAGCGAUGAAUAAAUGCACUCUAUCACUCGCUCCGUCCUACGCUCCUUCACUGGAGGAGGUGCAUGCUGGUCCCCUGUCAAGCCAACUACAGUAACGUUAGCAGCAGCUAGGUGUUACCCCUCGUGUCAUCAUGUGCAGUUCUUCAAAUGUCCACGGCAGGACCAGAGGUACAGAAACCUUGUCCAGAGGUACAGAAGGAAACUGAGAAGUGCCUACAAUAAGUACUCCGACAUUCCGGACAACACUGUGAUCCAGGGGCGGUUCCAUGCCUAUAUUGAGGAUGGAGGCACCAUCUACAGAUGUUUGCAUGGACCAGGUGUAUCUGAGCCAGAGAAGGUUCUCAGCAUUGCCUGGCUCAGAGGAGGUGAGGAAGAGGAGGAGAUGGAGGAGGAAGAGGGGACCUUGCAGAGGGUGCGUCUGUCUCCAGGUGAACACCUGCUGGCCGCCACAGUGAAGUCCCCACACCAAGAGGAGUCCAGAUGCAUUGUGGUCCGGCUGGUCGACGUCUCGUUACCCCACCGCCCGCUGCUCUUUCUGGAUAAUGUGUUUAGUUUUGAAUGGGCUUCGGAUAACACACUCUUCUACAGUAAACAGGAGGGUCUUAAGUGUCAGACUGUAUAUCGCCUGGACCUAACAGAGGAAGGAGUUAGAAACACCCUUGUGUAUGAGGAGCAUGACCCUGAGUUCUUUGUGGAGGUGGGCCGUUCAAGUGAUGGACAGCUGCUGACGCUCAACAGCACCAGUAAGAGCAGCUCAGAGGUGAGAAUCAUCUUAAGCUCCACCCCAGACCACGCCCCCGGCCUGGUGCAGCCACGGCAACCAGGGCUGGUCUACUAUGCGGAGCACGCUAGAGGAGAGCUCUACAUCCUGGCCAACACAGGACCGGGCCAAGAGUAUCAGCUGCUCAGGGCCCCUGUGUGCUCUGGGUCCAUGCGGAGCUGGGUGCCCGUGUUCACGCCCGCUGCAGGGUGGACAGUCAGGGACAUGGAGCUGCUGCAGGACCACUGCCUAUUUACACUCAGGCACCCAAGUGGACGCCUACACCUGCAGACAGUGUCUCUAGAAGACCCCAGCUGUGUGGCAUCCCUCGAGCUCCCAGCGUGGGCGUGUGUGUGUGAGAGUCGGAGAUCGUCACACACUGACCAGCGGAGUGUCCGGUUGCUCCUGUCCUCUCCGGUGCGCCCCCCCUCCCUGCACGCCUACUCCCCCUCCUCCCCCCACCUGCUCCUCACACAGCAAGACGCAGCACAGGACCCGCCACACCAAGACUGCCAUACCACACGCCUGCAGGCCCCCAGCCAGGAUGGCACCAUGGUGCCCAUCUCUCUCCUGCACAAGCCGCCUCUGGCUGACCUGCGGGCAGUGCCCAUGCUUGUGCAUGUGUACGGAGCCUACGGCCUCGAGCUCAACAUGGCCUUCAGUCCAGACAAGAGGCUGCUGCUGGAGCGUGGGUGGGCCUUGGCCUACUGCCACGUCAGGGGUGGAGGUGAGAGGGGUCUGGGUUGGCACCGUGCGGGCCGUCUGGAGAUGAAGCAGCGUGGGGUGGAUGACCUGUCCGCCUGCGUCCAGAGGCUCCAUGCUCUGGGAGUGUCCACGCCGGGCCGCACCGCGCUGACCUCCCGCAGUGCCGGGGCAGUCCUAGUGGGGGCGCUGCUCAACCAGCAGCCUCAGCUCGUCAGGGCCGUCACCGUGCAGGCACCUUUUCUGGACGUGCUGGGCACCAUGCAGGACCCCUCUCUGCCCUUGACCGUGGAGGAGAGAGGCGAGUGGGGGGACCCCCUGAGUAGCCCUCAGCACAGGGACAACAUCGCCUCCUACUGCCCGUGCGCUAACAUCACGCCACAGCACUACCCCUCUAUGCUGAUCACAGCCUACAGAGAGGACUGUCGAGUGCCUGUGUCAGGUGUGGAGAAGUACGUCGCGAGACUGCGGGCCGCUGUCGACACACACUCCAGUGUGAGCAUGCCCAGACCUGAACCAGACACCCACAUCAUUCUGGACCUGCAGCCUGGAGGAGACCAUUUUGGGCCCGAGGACUUUGAGCUGUCCUUGUGUGAGAGUGCAAGACAGAUGGCCUUUCUGCACAUGGAGUUGGGCCUGGACCAGACAGCUGGACACAAGCACAAGGAGCACAAACGCUGAGGAAAGUCCUUCUCCAGUCCUCAUGGCUCAUUGUCUGAGUAGUGUUGUGACGCUUGUUGUUUUUCUUUUCUAAAUGUACAGCAUGUAAAACUCUGAUAUAAUAUGGAUAUUCAAUACAGUACAUUCAUUUGUUAA